AAAAAAAUAUACUGAGCCAAAGAAAAAGAUGACCUUGGAUGCUGCUGUUAAUGUGCUACAACUUUGCCUUUAGAUUCUUCAGAUCAUCUCUUUCCUCUCACUCUGUCACACCCACAAACACCUCUUCAUUUAUCUCGAUGUGUUUAUUCAUGUGUGACAUCAGUUCAGAUUGUAUGAAAUGGACUGUUUUUAUUUCAUUUGAUAAAUAGGAUGCUGGGUUCUCUAGAACCCAUUAAAUAUUGUUUCUCUCUCUAAAUCAUUCAAACUUCUAGCAUGGCUGCUUCUAACACGAGGCUUGCCGUCUUCUCUUCUCUACUUCUUUUGUUUCUGAUCAACUCCUGUCAAUCACUUUCCUCGCAUAAUACCUACCUCAAAAGACAAGCUUCAAUCCUGGUUUCUCUUAAACAAUCUCUUGAGUCAUAUGAUCCUUCACUUGAUAGUUGGAAUGUGCCAAACUACCAACUUCUGUGCUCUUGGACUGGCAUCCAAUGCGACGACAUGAACAGGUCAGUGGUUGCUCUUGAUAUAUCCAAUUCAAACAUCUCGGGCACUCUCUCACCCGCGAUCACUGAGCUUCGAAGCCUUGUCAAUCUUUCGAUCCAAGGAAACAGCUUCUCUGAUGAGUUCCCACGAGAAAUUCACAAGCUUAUAAGGCUUCAGUUCCUCAACAUAUCCAACAAUCUGUUCAGUGGAGAGCUUGCUUGGGAGUUUUCUCAGUUGAAGGAACUUCAAGUGCUGGAUGUUUAUAACAACAAUUUCAAUGGCACACUACCAUUAGGUGUCACUCAACUCGCCAAGCUGAAGUACUUGGAUUUUGGCGGGAAUUACUUUCAGGGGACUAUCCCUCCAAGCUAUGGAAGUAUGCAACAGCUGAAUUAUCUGUCACUUAAGGGAAAUGAUUUGCGUGGUUUAAUACCUGGUGAGCUUGGUAAUCUUACAAGUCUUGAGCAGCUCUACCUGGGGUAUUACAAUGAGUUUGAUGGAGGAAUCCCACCUGAGUUCGGUAAGCUGAUCAAUCUGGUUCAUAUAGACCUUGCAAACUGUAGCUUAAGUGGACCGAUACCUCCAGAAUUGGGCGGCCUCAGCAAGCUAGACACCCUCUUCUUGCAAACGAAUGAGCUCACUGGUCCUAUCCCUCCUGAACUGGGCAACCUGAGCAGCAUCAUAUCUCUUGACCUCUCAAACAACGCCCUAACGGGAGAUAUUCCACUAGAGUUUUACGGGCUUCGUCGCCUCACCUUAUUGAACUUAUUCCUUAACAAGUUACAUGGAGAGAUCCCUUAUUUCAUUGCGGAGCUACCUGAGUUAGAAGUCCUGAAGCUUUGGCACAAUAACUUCACAGGAGCCAUUCCUGCAAAGCUGGGAGAAAAUGGCAGAUUAACUGAACUUGACCUGUCAAGCAAUAAGCUUACCGGAUUAGUCCCUAAAUCUCUCUGCUUAGGAAGGAAGCUGCAGAUACUAAUUCUGCGCAUCAACUUUCUGUUCGGUCCUCUGCCUGAUGAUCUUGGCCAUUGUGACACUCUCUGGAGAGUUCGGUUGGGGCAGAACUAUCUGACUGGAUCAAUCCCGAGUGGUUUCCUUUACUUGCCAGAACUGUCACUGAUGGAGCUGCAGAACAAUUAUCUGAGUGGACAGGUUCCACAACAAAUAAGCAAGACGCCAUCUAAACUUGCGCAGAUGAAUCUUGCAGAUAAUCGCUUAUCUGGGCCACUUCCUGCAUCCAUCGGAAAUUUCUCCAACUUGCAAAUUCUUCUGCUCAGCGGAAACCGAUUCACGGGGGAAAUUCCAUCUCAAAUAGGUCAGUUGAACAAUGUCUUUACAUUGGAUAUGAGUAGGAACAACUUGUCUGGGAAUAUCCCCCCUGAAAUUGGCGAUUGUCGUACCUUAACUUACUUGGAUUUGAGUCAGAACCAACUCUCAGGCCCGAUUCCAGUUCAGAUCACACAAAUCCACAUAUUAAAUUACCUUAAUAUAUCCUGGAACCAUUUGAACCAAAGUCUUCCUAAGGAAAUUGGGUCCAUGAAAAGUCUAACCUCGGCAGACUUUUCUCACAACAACUUCUCUGGUUCCAUACCUGAAUUUGGACAAUAUUCAUUCUUCAACUCCACAUCAUUUUCCGGUAACCCUCAACUCUGUGGCUCCUACUUGAACCCUUGCAACUAUUCAUCUACGUCUCCAUUACAAUUCCACGACCAAAAUAGCUCCACGUCUCAGGUCCCUGGAAAAUUCAAGCUACUUUUUGCUCUUGGACUUCUAGGAUGCUCUUUGGUAUUUGCUGUUUUGGCAAUCAUCAAAACCCGAAAGAUACGAAGAAAUUCGAAUUCCUGGAAGCUCACAGCAUUCCAGAAGCUGGAAUUUGGAUGCGAAAACAUAUUGGAAUGCGUCAAGGAAAACAACAUCAUAGGGAGAGGUGGAGCUGGCAUAGUCUACAGAGGUUUAAUGCCAAAUGGAGAACCAGUAGCAGUCAAGAAGUUGUUGGGAAUAAGCAGAGGAUCGUCUCAUGAUAAUGGCCUAUCUGCAGAAGUACAAACAUUAGGCCAAAUUCGACACAGGAAUAUAGUGAGGUUGUUGGCAUUUUGUUCGAAUAAAGAGACCAAUUUACUUGUAUACGAGUACAUGCCAAAUGGAAGCCUAGGUGAAGUUCUGCAUGGGAAGAGAGGUGGUUUUCUCAAGUGGGAUACCAGGCUGAAAAUUGCUAUUGAAGCAGCGAAAGGCCUUUGUUACUUGCACCACGACUGUUCUCCUCUAAUUAUCCACCGGGACGUCAAGUCCAAUAACAUUCUACUCAGCUCAGAUUUUGAGGCUCAUGUAGCAGAUUUUGGGCUUGCCAAGUUCUUGCAAGACACCGGAGCUUCAGAAUGCAUGUCUGCAAUUGCUGGCUCUUAUGGCUAUAUUGCUCCAGAAUAUGCAUACACAUUGAAGGUGGAUGAGAAGAGUGAUGUCUACAGCUUUGGAGUGGUACUGUUAGAGUUAAUCACAGGCAGAAGGCCAGUUGGGGAUUUCGGAGAAGAAGGGCUAGACAUUGUUCAAUGGACUAAGACACAGACUAAAUCAAGCAAAGAAGGGGUGGUAAAGAUUCUGGAUCAAGGGCUGACAGAUAUUCCAUUAAUUGAAGCAAUGCAAGUCUUUUUUGUGGCGAUGUUAUGUGUUCAAGAACAAAGUGUGGAGAGACCAACAAUGAGAGAAGUUGUUCAAAUGCUUGCAGAAGCUAAACAACCCAACACAUAUCACAAGCAGUGACUUCACCAACCUAAUGCAACACAUCAUAAUCAUUAUAGAAGCUGUUAACAACAAGAAGAUAUAGAUGAUUGAUUCAGUACUGAUGAGGAGUGGUGAAUAUUGGGGAUGACUCUGCUCAAGCAGUAUAACCAGGCCAUCAUUGCAACAGUUACCAUUGAUAGUAUAUAAAUCAUUAAUGGUGUUUUUUCUUUUUUGGGGGGGGCUACUAAUUAAUGCUUAAAAGCAUAUUUGGCUCUAUUAUUGUGCAUGCAUUUGGUUAAGAGCCAAGCUGUGGUUAGCUACGAGGGGUGUUUUGUUUUGUUUUGUUUUUGUCCAGGCAUGAAAACUAGAACAGGAAAAGAUGAACUGCUGGCAAACCUUGAUUGUAAUUCCUGGCUUCAUUAUUAUGUCAUCAUUUGGAUGGUAUGUCUAAAUGAUUUGAAGUUUUGCUUU